UACGCCCGCGCCCUGUGCGUCGGGGGCUAUGCUGCUGUGGCGGCGCUUGGCGGCCCUGAGGGGCCAGCGAGCCCCGCGGCGGCUCCGAGCGGGGGGACCGGGACCGAGACCUGGACCUGGACCUGGAUCGGGAUCGGGACCGGGACCGGAACCGGGGCGAACCAGCGAUGGCGGCAGUGCUUCUCGGCCGCUUUACAUGGAUGUCCAGGCUACCACCCCGCUGGAUCCCAGAGUCCUGGACAGCAUGCUUCCAUACCUAACAGCCUACUAUGGCAACCCCCACUCCAGAACUCACGCCUACGGCUGGGAGAGCGAGGCUGCCAUGGAGAAAGCGAGGCGGCAAGUUGCAGAUUUAAUAGGAGCUGAUUCACGGGAAAUUAUAUUUACCAGUGGUGCAACAGAAUCCAAUAAUAUGGCAAUUAAGGGUGUUGCAAGGUUCUAUAAAUCCAGAAAAAAGCAUAUCAUUACUACGCAAACAGAGCACAAGUGUGUGUUGGAUUCUUGUCGUUCCCUGGAAACAGAAGGUUUUCACAUCACAUAUCUACCCGUUAAAAAAAAUGGGCUGAUAGAUCUGAAGGAACUGGAGGCUGCAUUCCAGCCCGAUACAAGUUUGGUUUCUGUAAUGACUGUUAAUAAUGAAAUAGGAGUAAAGCAGCCAAUUCAUGACAUUGGUGAGAUCUGCCGUGCACGUAAGGUUUUCUUCCACACGGAUGCUGCACAAGCGAUUGGUAAAAUUCCUAUGGACGUCAACAACAUGAAAAUUGACCUAAUGAGCAUCAGUGGCCAUAAAAUUUAUGGGCCCAAAGGGGUUGGUGCUCUCUAUGUUCGCCGUCGACCACGUGUGAGGCUAGAACCCCUGCAGAGUGGGGGAGGCCAGGAGAGAGGACUGCGGUCUGGGACUGUGCCCACACCUCUAGCAGUGGGACUGGGGGCAGCAUGUGAAGUGGCACAGCAAGAGAUGGAGUAUGACCAUAAGCGAAUCUCACAAUUGGCAGAACGACUGGUUACAAAAAUAAUGAGUGAAGUUCCUCAUGUGGUGAUGAAUGGAGAUCAAGAGCAUCGCUAUCCAGGAUGCAUCAAUUUAUCUUUUGCAUAUGUGGAAGGGGAGAGUCUUCUGAUGGCUCUGAAAGACGUGGCUCUGUCUUCAGGAAGUGCUUGCACAUCAGCUUCUCUGGAGCCUUCGUAUGUUUUGCGGGCAAUCGGAACAGAUGAAGACUUGGCUCACUCAUCUAUAAGGUUUGGUAUUGGUCGUUUCACUACAGAAGAAGAAGUGGAUUAUACAGUGCAGAAGUGCAUACAGCAUGUGAAAAGGUUGAGGGAAAUGAGUCCUCUCUGGGAAAUGGUGCAGGAUGGAAUUGACCUCAAAAGCAUUAAAUGGACUCAGCACUGAGAAAACAUUGCUAUCCAUGGACUAGAUAUAGAUUAAAAUGCAUUUUUCUCUACAGUCUUGAGCAAAUUUUGCAGUACUUCUGUUUUCUGACACUGCAGUUUGACCAGAGAACUACUCUUUCAGACCACAAAAUCUAAGAAGCCAAAAAUAAAACUGGUUUUUAUCAUGGAGAAAGGGAGGCUGAUCCAACACCCACUGUGUUUCUAUUGACACACAGAAAUUUAUGCUAAAGUGUAAUUUAUUCAGAAAUGUAUUUUCUAAUGUGAAAAUUAAAUCAGCAUGUUACUCCCAGGCCAGUGAAUUCUGGCAAGAGGUUGCUUCUCGGUGUAAUUCAUCCCAAGUCACUGUUGUGUUUGCACCACAGACCUGUUGCCAAUUUGUUCUGUUUGAUGUGGGUAUCCUGCAACAUCAGCUGGGUUUUGCCUCUCAAAUGCCUUGUACUGCAAGAAAUUUUCAGAUAGGAGGACACUUGGAUUUCUAGAGGAAAGUGAUGCCUCAGUGUGGCUAUGUGCCUUCACAGAUAAGUUUUAUGCGUAGUUAAGAACAACUUUUUUUCUGAAAUUGAGUAGUUUUGGCUUAUUUUCCUUGGGGUUUUUUGAGUGUGCAUCUUUUGUGUGUGUAUGUGCACUAAUUCAAAAGAUUCUUCUGUGUUCCAGAGUUUAUGAUACAAUCAUGAUGCACUUUGCUGUCCCCUCCAUUGGGUUUUUUCUAUGCAAUUUUUUUCUCAGUGAGGAUAGAAAACUUGAAUGACUGGGGGAGGGGAUAAGCAGAAUAUGUCAGCUUUGAUGGCAGCACCAGUUUGGUGAGAGCAUGAGUGGUAGAGGUGGUGGGGAGAGCAGAUGCAGUGCAAUGUCUUAAGGCAGUCUGGGGUUUUGGGGUUUUUUUUCUUGUUUUUUUUUUUUCUCCCCUUGUCAUGAGACCUUUAUUGUUACUUGGUUUGCCUAUGGGCCCUUGGUUUCUGUCCCUGCAAGGAGUCUGCCCAGCUCAGCCAGUAUAUUUUGUCUGGAGAUAGGAAAGAUAAGAACACCUGGCACUGAAGUUUUCUUUGUCUCACAGACUGUACUGUCUGACUUGAGAUUCUCAUGGGAAUCCAUUCCCUGCACAUGCUGGGGGAAGUAAGUAUCUGUUAAAAAGGGUUUGAUGAGUUUAAUUUCUAUCAGUGUUUCUCCUUUCUUACCUUUGGUGAUCUUUCCAGUAAGAAACUGAACCCUGUAUGGCAAAGUGCCUUUUUUUUCAGUGCAUAAACAAAGAGCUCCCAAAUUAGUUGUGUUGAUUGAUGGAUGCUGCGUUAGCUGCUGAAUUUGGUAUACCCCAUAGACAAUAUGUUCAUCUUCAGAUUGGGAUGGAAUCUUCUUCAAGGAUCAACCGUGUCAUGUAAAAGCUGAAGCUGAAUUUCACAAGAUGGCUUGUAUUACAGAAGCUUGUGCAUUUUUUGUAACUAAGGACAGAUUUAGUUGUUUGUAAUGCAAAGCUAAUCCUUGGUUGUUCUAUUUCAAAUUACUAGCUUUAGCAGUUUUAAUAUUGUAGUGCUGGCACCUUAUAUUUCAUCACAAUAGUUUUUAAACCAUAUGCAUAAAUAUGUUUUAGUGGUGUUGUAUGUACUCUUUUUCAUCCUUGGGCCAUACAUAUUUUCUGGAUUAAGCAUAUGAUAACAUGCUUUCCUAGCAUGUUUUAGAAAUACAUGUUUAUGAAUUGUUCUUUGUGUUUUGAGAGUGAUAAAAAAUUACAGAUAAGAAUUAAACUU